AACUCAGAGCAGUGGCACGCACAAGCUGGACAGGAUCACGGUGACAACAUGAAGCUGAGUCACAGCGCGUACACUCUGCUGGCAUAUUGCAGUGUAGUUUGGGUAGUCGUCUCCUGCUCCUCUGAGGUAAAAGCGACUCCUUCUUCUCCUCCUCCUGGUUGUAACUCCAAGCUGGCAUUCUCCUCAAAGGUCUCCUCCUUUUCUGAAGGAAACAGGGACAUCCACCGCAGAUCUCUGUCUCCAUGGAGCUGGAGGCAGUCCACAGUGAAGGAUCGGAUCCCCUCCACCAUCUGGGAGGCCGAGUGCAGCAACAGCUUCUGCAUCAGCCCCCAUCCGGAACAGACCGACGGACACAACCUGAAUUCGGUCCCCAUCUACCAGAACGUCCUGGUCCUGAACCCACAGGGAGGAGGAGGCUGCUACACAGCGUCGUAUCACUCUGUGGCUGUAGGUUGCACCUGCGUCUGGGCCAAAACCGAGUAUAAAGCACCUAAACCCGAACCAAAGUCUGGAAAUGGACACAAAAAGGACUAACUUGGGGAAAAAAACCUAAAACAUAGUACUUAAUAUUUGCUGGUGUAAUUGUGUGAAGUCCAUAAUUUGCCUAGUUGUGAUAUUGGAUUGUGUUGCUGUAUGGAGUCUGUCACUGUAUGAGUGUUUGCACUCCAGCAUUUGUUCCACUUUACCACCUUUUGCAUGUCAGUGAAGCAUGGAAUUCACUGAAUGUACAUUAAUGGCUCUAUUCAGCGACAAUUGACAUGAUAUAAUAACAUUUUUUGACAUUGUAAA